UUGGUGAGUUUACCAAAGGCAUCUGCCAGUGGGACUUGAGUGGAAUGUGAAACCAAAUCGUUUUCAAGUUAAAGAUAGACACUGUGGACGCCAGAAACUGGAAGCCGGGUUUUUAAACUCCUGUCUCUCUCUAGAAUUUCAGAGUUGGUUAUGAUCUCAGGGGUAAUUAGCAAUUUGGCUAAAUCUGUUCUCCCAGGAACUUGCUAGCAAUCACUGUGUGCUCUAGAUGAACGGGCACUAAAAGGGUUGAAGAGGGGAUGCUGUACCUGAUCCAGGAUAAAUAGGAUUUACAAGCCCCAGGAAGCACUUGAGAAGUCUUCAAAUGCCACAGCCAACUGCUAUUUCAAAGAAAACAAAAUAGAUGGUUCUAGAAAGUCCAUGCUGUUUCUUCACUGAAUUUUAGAAUGAUUGAAGAUAGUGGGAAAAGAGGAAACACCAUGGCAGAGAGAAGACAGCUGUUUGCAGAGAUGAGGGCUCAAGAUCUGGAUCGCAUCCGCCUUUCCACCUACAGAACAGCAUGCAAGCUGAGAUUCGUACAGAAGAAAUGCAACUUGCACCUGGUGGACAUUUGGAACGUCAUCGAAGCGCUGCGGGAAAACGCUUUGAACAACCUGGACCCAAACAUAGAGCUCAACGUGGCCCGCCUGGAGGCCGUGCUCUCCACUAUGUUCUACCAGCUCAACAAGAGGAUGCCAAGCACUCAUCAAAUCCACGUGGAGCAGUCCAUCAGCCUCCUGCUGAACUUCCUGCUCGCAGCCUUUGACCCGGAGGGCCAUGGUAAAAUCUCAGUAUUUGCUGUCAAGAUGGCUUUGGCUACAUUGUGUGGAGGGAAGAUCAUGGACAAGUUAAGAUAUAUUUUCUCAAUGAUCUCUGACUCCAGUGGAGUGAUGGUUUAUGGAAGAUAUGACCAGUUCCUUAGGGAGGUUCUCAAACUACCCACAGCAGUUUUUGAAGGUCCUUCGUUUGGUUACACAGAACAGUCAGCCAGAUCCUGCUUCUCCCAACAGAAAAAGGUCACCUUAAAUGGCUUCUUGGACACGCUCAUGUCAGACCCUCCUCCACAGUGUCUGGUAUGGCUGCCUCUUCUGCAUCGACUGGCAAAUGUAGAAAAUGUCUUCCAUCCGGUUGAGUGUUCCUACUGUCACAGUGAGAGCAUGAUGGGAUUCCGAUACCGAUGCCAGCAGUGUCACAACUACCAGCUCUGCCAGGACUGCUUCUGGAGGGGCCAUGCAGGGGGUUCUCAUAGCAACCAGCACCAAAUGAAGGAGUAUACAUCAUGGAAAUCGCCUGCUAAGAAGCUAACGAAUGCUUUGAGCAAGUCCCUGAGCUGUGCUUCGAGCCGUGAGCCUUUGCACCCCAUGUUCCCAGACCAGCCUGAAAAGCCACUCAACUUGGCUCAUAUUGUGCCUCCAAGACCUGUUACCAGCAUGAACGACACACUCUUCUCCCACUCUGUUCCCUCCUCAGGAAGUCCUUUCAUCACCAGGAGCUCUCCUCCCAAGGACAGUGAAGUAGAACAGAACAAAAUCCUGGCUAGGGCUGCUCCAGCCUUUCUGAAGGGUAAAGGGAUACAUUACAGCUUGAACGUGGCAGACAGGCUAGCUGACGAACAUGUUCUCAUUGGGUUGUAUGUCAACAUGCUCCGGAACAACCCGUCAUGUAUGCUUGAGAGUUCAAACCGGCUUGAUGAAGAACACAGGCUGAUCGCCAGGUACGCCGCGCGACUGGCGGCAGAAUCCUCCUCAUCCCAGCCCACGCAGCAGAGGAGCGCCCCUGACGUCUCCUUCACCAUCGAUGCAAAUAAACAGCAAAGGCAGCUGAUCGCAGAGCUAGAGAACAAGAACAGAGAAAUCUUACAAGAGAUCCAGAGACUUCGGGUAGAGCAUGAGCAAGCUUCUCAGCCCACACCCGAGAAGGCUCAGCAGAACCCGACCUUGCUGGCAGAACUCCGGCUCCUCAGACAGCGCAAGGACGAGCUAGAACAGAGGAUGUCUGCUCUCCAGGAGAGCCGGAGAGAGCUGAUGGUCCAGUUGGAAGGUCUCAUGAAGCUCUUGAAGGAAGAAGAAUUGAAGCAGGGAACCCAGGGGGCAGGCUCUCCACGCUCUUCCCCCAGCCACACCAUCAGCAGGCCGAUCCCCAUGCCCAUCCGGUCGACGUCUGCCUGUUCCACACCAGCGUACACCCCACAGGACUCCCUCACUGGGGUAGGGGGAGAUGUGCAAGAGGCCUUUGCACAAAGCUCAAGAAGGAAUCUAAGGAAUGACCUGCUGGUAGCUGCAGAUUCCAUCACCAAUACCAUGUCCUCUCUGGUGAAGGAGCUGAAUUCAGAGGUGGCGAGUGAAACAGAAAGUACGGUGGAUUCUGAAUUUUCGAGAACUCAGUUUGAGGAUCUGGUUCCAUCACCGACCUCUGAGAAGUCUUUUCUAGCCCAAAUCCACGCCCGAAAACCCGGGUACAUUCACGGUGGAGCUACAAGUACCAUGCAUGGUGACAUGGUCCCGGAAGACGGAGAUCCUUACCCGCAACCGGAGGAUGGCAACUACGAGAACGAGUCUGUGCGGCAGCUGGAGAACGAGCUGCAGAUGGAGGAGUACCUGAAGCAGAAGCUGCAGGAUGAGGCCUACCAGGUCAGCUUGCAAGGUUGAAUGCAAUAUCCUUUUCUCACUCUCCUCUCAAGCAAGCUAUAGACAGAUGAGGAAAGUGGUGGAGAGAGCUGCGCCCACCCGACAGAGAGGAGGAAGACUGCAUUGUGGAAGCAGCCUAAGCCCUCGCUCGCUCGCUCGCUCGGAGAGAGGAGCCGCCACACCCAGCAGCUCCGACAACCCCUCCCCUAAAGAUUUGUUCCGAUGCCUGUAGUGCAGCUAGCUAUUUUUCUGUUCUAAAAUUUGUAGUUCCUAGGUUUGUGUUUUAGAAGGGGGUGGGGCCUGAGACUUCUGUUCUUAGAUAACUUAUCAACUCCAUCUUCCAACCAUGGCUCACCCCUGGUUCAGAGCAAACACCCACAGGCUUGAGGGAGAGCCUGCUGCUGUUAUACAGAACAGUAGUACUGAUGAGCAUUUUAAACCUUUGCACACAAUACUGAACCUAUUCAGUUUACAACGACAAUAUUAAUACUGUUUGUAGCUAGAAUUUCCAUUUCUGGAUUCUUAGAGAUUUUAGCCAAGACGGUUUUAUUAUCUACUAUACAUUUUCCCCCACAGCAACUGGGAGAGGGCUGGAGGGGGGGAGACAACAAUCUACAAUAAAAUAUGGUUUCUGAGUGUCCAAACUCAGAACCCAGGAGCCAAGAAGGGUCCUUGGCCUGCCCAUGUCCCCAAGUCCCUCUGAGAAAUGACUUCAACCUACCAACAGGAAUAAUGGGUUCGUGAAGCUUAUUUCCAACUCGGAUUGUUUCCCUUCAACAUAGUCUAACAAAUCAGCCAUAGAAUUUAGUGUAAAUACUUUUUCCAAAUAGAUAUCAUAUUCAAAAAAAAUGAAAGAGAGACAACAUUCAAAUGAUAUAGAAUCUAGUUUUUAAAAUCAGCACAGAUCUUCUUUAAAAACUGUGAACUAUGUUUUGGAAUACUCGUUACUAAAGCUGUUUAUAAACCACAGGUGCCAUAAGAUUCCCCCCUUCGGACUACAGUUACCUGCACUCCUCCAGGUCUUGCUCUCCACAUUGUAUCCUUAGGAAGCAUGUCUUACACAGCACUGCUCAUUGACAAGUUCCCUCAUCGGUAGUCCCGAGGCCUUCAGCUUUAAAUGUAUGGGCUUAAAGUGCGCUUGCUCCACUCUUCUUUCUGAAUGUCGAUUGCCUUACCUGGCCACCUGGUGUUCUGCAUGCGGGGGUGGUGGUGUGGGCAUGUGAAGGAGACAGACAAGCUCUUCAAAGUGGUAUUGGGAUUUCACACUCAGUUAGAAAAUGGCGUAUAAAGGAACUGUCAAAGGCAAGAGGAUAAGAGCCUAUGGAUGGCCCCCUUCUCGAGGCCCCUCGUCAGAGAGACCUCAGAGGAGCCUCCCUUAGCAAUUCUGGGGAAAAUGGAAAAGUAAUUGGUUGUUCCAAGAUCUGAUGUAUAAGGAAAAGAAAACGCCAGUCUAGCUGCUGGCUGUCUUAAAACUAGAAGCCUCUCUGGAAUUCCUGUUUGUGUUUGUUUUUGUUUUUGAUUUUUUUCUUCUAAAAGAAAGAAGGGAAUCACUUCAGAACAAUGAUUUGCUCAGAACGUGUCUGACAGACCAGCAAUGUUAAUAUCACCCCAAAGUCUUACCAAUGUGAAGAUCCAACCCAGACCUGUAGAAUCAGAAACUCUGGGGUCUGAACCUGGUGAUCGAUGUUUUAAUUGCCCCCACCAACAGUUCUGAUGUGUGCUAUAAAGUGGAAAUCAUUGUUCUAGAAUAGACUGGUAUAACCAAGAGUGAAAAAGGCCUUAUCCAGGGCUAGGGUGUUACUCAAUUGGCCAACUGCUUGCCUACCAUACCAAAGCCCUGGGUUCGAACUUCCAGAGCUGUGUAAACCUGGCAUGUUGAUGCGUGCCUAUUAUCCCAGCACUCAGGAGAUGGAGGCAGGAAGAUUGGGAGUUCAAGAUCCUCCUCAGCUACAUAGUGAAUUUGAGGCCAGCCUGGGAUGUAUGACACCCUGUCUUGAAGAAGCAGGGUGGGGGGAAGGUGGUAUUCAGAAUUAAUAAGAAAUGUUCUGAGCGGACCUCAGAUUUAAUUUUUCUUACCAGGCUGGCAAAAGCCUUCUCCCACCCCCCCACACCCCUGGUCUAUAAUUGAGUGGCUAAGAACUCGCUUUCUGACCCCACUGUGUGCAGAGGGAUCUUCGUGUUCUUGCCUCUGCGUUUGGUCAGAAACUCUCCCCAUGGCUGCCCUUUAAACAAAAGCAUUUGCUUCGAGGAUAGCCAAGGGCAUGAUCGGCAUCAGCAGAGGACCCCAUGCUGUCCCUGGGUGUUCUUAGUCUAUUUUUUUUUUCCAGAAAACUCUCCUGGCAAACUUCCCUGAGGCUAGCACCAAAGUCGUACAACUGCACAGUUCUCUGGUUUCUUUGCACAGGUGGAUUUUGUUGUGGGUUCUGUUGGUGUCUUUAACGUUCAUCUCUCUCCCCCUGCCCAUCAUCCUCUGUGAAAUCACACCUCUCUAGAUGGUGCAGGUGGCCAUUGGUGCCUCAUACUCAGUACUAAAAAACCACUACAUCCCCCGGUACCUGCAUUUCUGUCAGCUCAAGUCAGAGUCACGUAGCACUUACAUUAGAACUCAGACCCUGCUGGUGGCCCUCAGUCGCUGGCUGGACUGAACUGACCCCAUGUUGUCUCUUGGGUUUUCUACAUUACAGUGUGUGUCUAAGGUUGAAACCAUCCUGCUACAAACCUUCCCUCACAUCGCAGUUUCCAUUACCAAACAGCUCCGUCCCCUGGGACUGACUCCAUCACACAAAGCCAUUACAAGAACUCUCUCGAAACCUCCCCCCAACCCCCGUCAGUGAGCAAUCUCUCACUAACCGGCCACCUUUUCUUUCUCUUAGCGCCACGUCAGCACUGAGACCAGACUCAAGCACCCCUGUCCUGUAACCGAGACAAAAUGGCGUGUGUUGUUUUGGGGUUUUGUGAUUGUCGGUGGAUUUCUUUCCUUGGCUCUCCAAAUUUACUUUUGGGGCCUGUUCUAAAUGCAAACCCAGCAGGUUUCAUCCGUCCUGUCCAUUCUAUUCAACUAUAUCUCGCAGGGGUUGUUCUUUCUCAUUCCACAACGAAUUGCACAUCAGAACUGAUGGCCUAAGAAUGAACACUGGUCUAACAGAGCCAAACCUCCCCACAGCAUUGUGGUCAAGGAGGUGGGUGAAGUCUACUGUAUAGGAUUCAGGAACUGGUUGUGGUUUGUCAGGAUGGAGGUUGGGGUAAGUUUGAUUGGUCCAAGGGAGACGUGUCGGAGACUAUGAAGAUGGAUUAUUGGAUGGUCUAUAAUAAGGCAGGGAAGGUUCAUUUGUAAGUAGUAAUAUGAACUGAAUUGCAUUAAGAUUGUGGCCUUUGUGUGAUAUAUACUAUGUAUUUUCUUAUAUGCAUGAGCCAAACUGUUGUGAUAUAAUUUAGCACUGAUGUCUGCUCUUAUUUUGACCAUCUUCGUCCACUGUUAUUAGUUCUUGGCCGUUAAGUGUAGAUAGAUAUUGUAAAUAUGGCAGCCUUGGUUGCUAUGCUCACAUUGGUUCAAUUCCACGCAAGGAGACACAAGCAAAGAACUCCACUGUGUCCUCAGAAAACAGGGCAUUUUUCCCUUUGAACCAAAAAGAAAGAAAAAAAAGUCAGAAGCAUUCAUUACAUCUUGAGGCUAAUUAACAUAAGACAUUUUAAAUUGUGACUACUGUAAUUUGACCCCAUAACCAAUUCAGGAACACUAAAGAGUUCACUAUAUCCAUGGUUAUUGUAACAAAACUACUAUAGUCUGUUGUUUUGUUUUGUUGAUAUUGCUGUUAAGUAUUGGGAUGUGUGUGUGUGUGUGUGUGUGUGUGUGUGUGUGUGUGUGUGUGUGUUGGAACCUCCUGGGGACAUGUUAUAUUUUGAAGUGAUUAAACUAUUUAAUUGUGUGUCUAUAUUUUGGAAUGGAAUUAUUUCUUCAUUAAAAAUGUUUUUUAAAACACUA